UUGGAACUCUCUAUUGCAUAUAAGGAACAGGUCUGAUCCUUGAACGUGAAUAUCCAAAUCAAAAUUAGUGAACUGAGAUCCUUACAUGCCUUCUGUUUUAUGUUUCUCUCCCAUCUUCUUUUUCUAGGUAAUUCUCUCAAUUAAUUACUGCAGUUCCCCCUUUUAGUUAUUCUUCUCCUUUAUGCUUGAAUUUUGGGUUUCGAGUUUGGGUAUGACUGGGUUGAGAUUAUACUUCAAAGCAAACUCAUAGGGUUCAUGGAUUUCUCCUGUGAACGUUGCUUUUUCAUCACGUUUUCCACCUCUUUUUGUUACAUCAUGGAUUUUAUGUGGGUUUGAACUGAAUGGAAUUGGUAUUUGAGUUGUAUUUUAAAUUAUCUUAAUUCUAGCUAUUAUUAACUGUGGUGCUUUGUGUGCCGAAUUACCUGCACUAAUCAAGUUAAUAGGGGGAUAUCUUAUGUUGGAAUGGAUUGAAGUCAUUGGGAGCAUUUCUUUCAAAAAAAAAAAAAAGCAAAAAAGAAAACAGCGGAAGCAGAUAUAUGCUUAUAAACAACAAGAAACUCCAGAAGCUUUGAAGUUUCUUCUUGUUUCCAAUAUGAAGGGCAACGAAAUGGAGCAAUCUAUAGUUUCUUCUCCACCCUCUCAAGAUUCCAGGCCUAUGCAUUCGAUAGAAAUUACACAUAAAGUAGGUGUUGCGAGUGGGAUGCAACCAAGAUCAGGUCCCACCAUCUUUUCGAGUUCGUUACCAGUGAAGUUGAAUUUUACCAACUCAGAACCUGGUAUUUCAUCCACGGGUACUACAUCUUCAAGUUCAAAUCAAAUGCAUCAAGAUGGGGACAUGAAAGACUCCCUUGAAGAUGUAGAUUCUCAUGCAAUUGAUAACCUUCUUCCCGAUGAUGAGGAUGAGCUUUUGGCUGGAAUUAUAGAUGAUUUUGAUUUGAGUGGUCUGCCUAAUCAAGUUGAGGAUCUUGAAGAGUAUGACCUUUUUGGUAGUGGAGGGGGUCUGGAAUUGGAUUUUGAGUCUCCAGACAGUCUCAGUGUUGGUUUAGCCAAGGCUAGUAUUCUUGACAAUUAUUCUGGAAAUGGGAAUUCUCAAUUUGGCCUUCAAAAUGGCCUGGGUGCUGUUGCGGGAGAACAUCCAUUCGGUGAACAUCCUUCUAGGACACUAUUUGUUCGAAAUAUCAACAGUAAUGUUGAGGAUUCAGAGUUGCGAAACCUAUUUGAGGCAUAUGGUGCCAUCAGGACCCUUUAUACUGCAUGCAAACAUAGGGGAUUUGUGAUGAUUUCCUACUAUGACAUCCGCUCUGCUCGGACGGCUAUGCGUGCACUCCAAAAUAAGCCAUUACGGAGGAGGAAACUUGACAUUCAUUUCUCGAUUCCAAAGGAUAAUCCAUCAGACAAGGAUAUUAAUCAAGGAACUCUUGUAGUUUUCAACCUUGAUCCAUCAGUGUCAAAUGAUGAUCUCCGUCAAAUAUUUGGUGCCUAUGGAGAAGUCAAGGAGAUUAGAGAGACUCCUCACAAGCGUCAUCACAAAUUUAUCGAGUUUUAUGAUGUGAGAGCAGCUGAGGCAGCACUUCGAUCCUUGAAUAGGAGUGACAUAGCUGGAAAACGCAUCAAGCUUGAACCAAGCCGUCCUGGUGGAGCUCGACGAAACUUGAUGCAGCAAAUGAGUCAAGAUUUGGAAGCAGAUGAUACCCGAAGUUAUCGCCAUCCAAUGGGUUCUCCAAUAACUAAUUCACCUCCUGGUAGUUGGGCCCAAUUCAGCAGUCCAAUUGAUAAUGCCCCCCUGCAUUCACUUAGCCAGCCCCCAAGCUUAGGGACCUUCAGUCCCAUGACCAGUAACCAUAUGCCUGGGCUAGCUUCGCCCCCAAGCUUAGGGACCUUCAGUCCCAUGACCAGUAACCAUAUGCCUGGGCUAGCUUCGAUACUGGCGCCUCUGGUGUCAGCAUCUUCUUCAAAGAUUGCACCAAUUGGGAAGGAGCAGGUUAAGGUGAGCCAUACAGACCAGGCUUUCUCUAGCAGCAGUUCAGCUCAUGGAACACCUCUCCAUUCUCACUCAUUUCCAGAGCACAGCAGUGGAAUGAUGCCUAUGGGCCACAGUCCUGGUGGUGUUGCUUCUUUUGGUCCUUCAAAUUCAAGUGCAUCUGGUAUUGGGACAUUAACAGGGCCUCAGUUUCUCUGGGGUAGCCCCACCCCUUAUUCAGAGCAUACCCAAUCUUCUGCAUGGCCCUCUUCAUCUCUUGGCCACUCAUUCCCAUCCAAUGGACAACAAAGCUAUUCUUACAGUAGACCACAAUCUUUCCUCAGUUCAUCAUCACGCCCCCACCAGUUCCAUGUUGGUUCUGCCCCAUCUGGUGUGCAUUUGGAGAGGCAUUUUGGCUAUUUCCCUGAAUCUCCUGAAACUUCAUAUAUGAGCCAUUUAGGUUUUGGAGGUGUGGGUCUAAGCCGCAAUGAAGGUAGCAUGCUGAUGGGCAUUGGUGGUCGGGUGCCUCUGAAUUCUGGAGUUUCUGGAUUGUCCGAAAAUGGAUCCCCUAGUUUCAGGCUGAUGCCAUCGCAGAGGCUUGGGCAACAUAUGUUCAUUGGUGGUGGUGGUUUGUAUACUGGCCAGCUCAUGGGUGGUGGAGAUGCAAUGGUUGAAAGGGGAAGAACUCGCCGAGCUGAUACCAGUGCAAAUCAGAUUGACAGCAAGAAACAGUAUCAACUUGACCUGGAUAAAAUUAUCAAUGGGGAAGAUAUCAGGACGACUCUCAUGAUAAAAAACAUCCCAAACAAGUACACCUCUAAAAUGCUACUGGCAGCCAUUGAUGAGAAUCACCGUGGAACCUAUGAUUUUCUUUACUUACCAAUUGAUUUUAAGAACAAAUGCAAUGUGGGUUAUGCCUUUAUAAACAUGAUGUCUCCCAAUCACAUCAUCCCAUUUUAUCAGGCAUUUAACGGGAAGAAGUGGGAGAAGUUCAAUAGCGAGAAAGUAGCUUCUUUGGCAUAUGCCCGGAUUCAAGGCAAGGCAGCUCUUGUUACCCACUUCCAAAACUCAAGUUUAAUGAAUGAAGACAAACGUUGCCGCCCCAUUCUCUUCCACUCAGAAGGGCCAGAGGCUGGUGACCAGGAACCAUUCCCAUUAAACAGUUUGAAUGUCCGUCUACGUUCUUCUCAAGAUGAGGAUUCAGUAGACAGCCCCACUAAAGCCAACAACUCUGUUGAGAAAAAGAGUUAAUAGUUGAAGAUGGGAAAACUAGGGGUGGAGGUGAGGGAUUUUUGGGGGCUCACUUAUUUUGAAGUGGUACAACAGUUACAUAAAAAAUGGACUCGCUCUUUUUGUGAAAGUGUAUAAAAGAAAAGAGUGAGAAGAAAUAGGUCUGUAUUAUAAAACAAUAGGGCUGUGUCCACUUUUGAGUUGCUGGAUACGCCACUUUUGUCGUUCUGUGAUUGAAAGAACCAUGAGUGAAGUAGAGAAUGUGAAGUGGGAGGUAGGGUGGUUUUGGUUUUUGGUGUAGAAAAAGAAUUCAAGAGUGAUUUGGACUUCGAGAGGGAGGGAAUAAGUUAGGCAAGUGUACAGAAGUAAGGAUUUGGGUCUAUCGAUGCUGGUGUUGGUGCAUUUGCUCGCCAGUAUGUGUAUUCCGUGAAUUGGAUUGUAAGUUGCACUACACUCACACGUACCUGCAUAUAUAUCAUGUGUGUGUAUAUGUACAUGUGGAGUUGUAUUCGGGUGCUUCUUGGAAAUUUGGGGAGCUUGGUUUUAUUUGUGUACAGAGCAAAAGAACAGGUCUGAUUACUCUGCUUCUAUGGGGUGGACUUGGGAGGAAAAGUAAAUAUAUUUAUAUAUGGAAAUGUAUCAAAGAGGACUGUACAGCUUAAAAAGUUGGUCAUUUAUGUGGUUCCCAAAUUUCAUGUUCGUAUGGAAAGUGGAGUUCUGAAGUUACUUAGAUGCUUCAAGGUGUAAAUUUCGUUACUAAUUUAUCAUGAAAACUAGGGGAAUUGGGUUUAUUGUUU